AUGACUGCGUGCUUUUGUAGUGUGCUGGUGGUCGCCUUGAUGAUGCUGGCAGCGGAGGCCAAGGCCCAGACAGACCCGCCAGCAUGUGCAUCCGUGUAUCAGGCGGUCAAAGAUGACUCAGGCGCCACAGUCCAGAGCGACUACACCACCAUCGCCUGCACUACUGUCCCCAAGAAGUUCAAGGCCAUCUCGAACGCGCUCAACCCCAAGAUCACCAAAACAGUUGGCGCCCCCACCAUCAAGGUGUCCGGGUUCGGAUUUCUUGGUGGCUCUUACACGGCGUCCUUCGUCCCCAAAAAGUCAAAGACCGUCUGGAUCCCUACCCGCACAGACGGUGCAAUCACCGUGAGCACCGAGGACUCAGAUGUCAACAUCCAGGCGCUGUGCGAUGCCAUCCUCAAGGAGCUGGGCUUCUUCUCACCCGCGAUGAUGUACACCAUUGGGUCCUCAGUGACCCUCCCUUCUGGCGCCGUCACCACGACCUGCUCCACCAAAUGGGGGAAGCCCGAUGGGGCUGCAGGGCCCAGCGGCCACGAGGCGCAGCCUGCUCAGGCGGGCCCUGUUGGGGCGGCCGCGGCGCCCGAGGCGGCGGCGCCAGGGCCGGCGGUGCCAGGGCCGGCGGGGCCAGGGCCGGCGGCGGCGGCUACUGGGGCCGACGAGCCCAAGGCGGCCCUGGCGAAGGCUGCCGUGGUCGGGGCGGCUUCCCCCCAGGGUUCUCCCAUUCCCCUUCCUGUGGCGGCGGCGCCCGUGACGGGAGCGCUGCCUGAGGCUGUCCCCGCGACGGCAGCGCCUCAG